AUGUCGAGAGCUCUGAAUAAGCACAUCAUCGCUGCUCUAAAGCAAGGCGACCACGAGAAAAUCUUUAACGAUAUUUCCGGGCUUUUUGCCCAGCCGCAGGAUGAUGGUCUCCUCGAAGUUGAAAUCCUAGGCCAGGGCCAUCCAAUGGGCCCGGACGAAAACUUCCUACGAGACGAAAAUGCAGUUGCGAUCCCCAAGCUGCGUAUCGUCCAGGCCUUUCUCUUCGCCAGAAAGAUUCUCCAGAAGUACAAAGCCAACGGCUCCGAGGGGCGUGAGCAGCUGAUGGCCGCGACAAGCGUACUGCUUCUGAUGGACCCCGAGCACCUCACAGCCGCCAACACCAGGAAGCGUCUUCUCUCCGAUGCGAUCUCCACGGGUAACACCAUGAAGGCGUAUCUAGCACGGGAGAAGUGGUUUGUGGAUAGUCUGCUCACCAGCCGACUUCAUCGACACACAAAGUCACCGACGUUAUGGAACCAUCGACGCUGGCUGUCGGAGCGAUACCGUGAUGCCAGGCUUGCUCUCGUGGUUCAACAGGAUAUCGAAACAGUUGUCAUGAUGGCUGGAGAGCGACAUCCGCGAAACUAUUAUGCAUGGACUCAUGCUCGGUGGUUGACAAAGACGUUCCUGGUCGUUUCCGAGCUAGACGUGCUUGUGUCACUGAUUCAUAGUGCUAAGCAGUGGUCUUUCAGACAUCAUUCAGAUAUUUCCGGCUGGUCUUUCCUCGCUCAUCUGCUUGAUAGGCUAGGGAAAGACGACAGAGGGACAAUUUCGUUGGUUUAUAACGAGACUUUGGGUUUGGCAGAAUCUCUCCGGUGGUCCAAUGAGUCAGUCUGGUCGUUUCUACGCACAAUAGCAUCUUGGCCAGUACUGGGACAAAUCGAUAGGGGUAGAUUCGUGAAUGUUCAAGAGCGCCUAGUAGCAACUAGCGCUGAGGACUCUAUCGAAGCCGCAGCACUGAGGAAGGCGCGGACGUGGUGGGAUAUGUACGGUUCCAAUGACGAGGCACCCUGUACAGAAGACCAGUGA